AUGUCGUUUUUCUUUCCUAAUUACAAUGCUAUCCCAAACGAAGCAGUUGCAACUUCAAUGGUCUCAGAGAGUACAAAUGAAGAUUUGAAUAAAGAAAAUAAUGCUCCCCAACUAAGCUAUUCUGGUGUUGAGAAUAUACUGAAAAUUCCUCAAGCAGUGUCAAAGGGCACAAAUGAAGAUUUGAAUAAAGAAAAAAAUGCUCCCGAACUAAGCUGUUCUGGUGUUGAAAAUAUACUGAAAAUUCUUCAAAUUCCUCAAGCAGUGUCAGAGGGCACAAAUGAAGAUUUGAAUAAAGAAAAAAAAGCUCCCGAACUAAACUAUUCUGGUAUUGAAAAUAUACUGAAAAUUCUUCAAAAACAGAGAAAAGAAGGAAGAAAGUGUCCUAAAGGUAAAGAAAAACGGGGUCAAGUUUCUGGCCCUGUAGAAAAUGUUAAACCGAAAAAUAUAAAUAUAUGUGGAACAUGUGGAGGAGAUUUUAAAAAUGAUGUAAAGGCCAAGAAUGGGAAAGAGUAG